CCCACAUUUUCCCUCGUAGGGUAAGCUAAAGUAAGGCAGCAAAGGCUGCUAUAAAAUACAAUACAAAAGAUAUGCUACUCGUACUCUCUCUCAGUAACAUUGACACAGAAAUGCCUAAUGCACAUAAGCUACGUGAUUUUUAAAAUAUUUUUAAAUUCCUGAAAAUACGCAUGUUCAUGUUCAUGGGACGUUCUCAUCAAAAAUCCAAUUAAAAUGGCGUUAACACUGCAGGAGUUUACUUACUCUUUAGAUCCAAAGACCCUUCCUAGAAUAAUACAGAUUCAAUCUGGGAUCUAUUUUCAAGGUUCUGUGUAUGAGAUGUUUGGGAAUGAAUGUUGUCUUCCUACUGGUGAAGUGAUAAAGAUUAUUGGCUUAAACAUCUCAAAAUUAUCAGCAGAGAUACAGAAAGACGGUCCAGACAGCACGUGUAUUGAGCUACCUCUAGACUACCCAGGUCUUUUCAGGAUUGUAGCAGACAAUGAGGCUUACGUUUCCAUUGGUGAUAUUGUAAAGUCCUUGCAUAUACCAAAUAGGCUGGGUCAGCCUGUCUUUAAGAGUACUGUGGACAUUACACUGAGCAGUGGUAUAAUACAACAAGGAGAGACUAUCAUGUUCACAUCUCUGGGGGAGAGAAACUCUGAGCAGUUUGUGAACACUGAAGUUAUGAGGAACGAUAAAAAGCACACCUUUACAUUACCACUGUCCCUGCAAGGGGAGUUUUAUGAAUGUGAAGAUGACCAGUUUUAUACACUGAAGGAAAUAAUAGAAUGGAAGUUGCCCAAAGACAGAAAGCGAGCUGUGAACUUGGCAAAGACCUCAGCCAUUAAGGAAUUUACAUUCUGUGACCUUCCUGAGAAUUUCAAAGGAGAACUGAUUCUUACACCUGUUUAUGAACUACAAGCAGUUAUGAAGUUUCGCAAGGAUAUUGUGCACAUACCAUCAACCCUUGAUGUUGAGGUGAUAGAUGUUACAGAUAUGUAUGACAUCAACUCCUUUGUCCAGCCUUUGUCAAUCAACGACAUCUUUAACAGACCGAGUAGCAACUUUCCUAUUGUGGCUGAAAUAAUAGAAGGCCCUGAGCAUACGGUAGAAAGUUUGAAGUUCCUAAAAUCUUGCAAGGAGGUUAUCAUUCACCAGGCCUUCCAAGCCAAGAGAAUCCUGGCAUCUGAGAUAAGGAGUGAUGCUCAAAAGCAUUUCUUGAUUCCCUGCACUUACAGUGGGAAGUUCAAAAGAGGGCCACGUGAAUUUCCAACUGCAUAUGACUUGGAAAUUGCCAAGAGUGACAAAGAACAGUUACAUGUCGUGGCAACCAAAGCUUUUGAAUCUCACUAUGAAGGGCUGUCCACUGUUUCUGUUGGUGACCAGUUCCUAGUCCAGCAUCGUAAAACCAGUGAGGUAAUCUAUGGUGGGACCCGGAAGACGGUGGAAGCUCUGGCCUGUGAGAAAAUUGAAGGCAAAGGCCGUGAGCCUGUGCUAAUCCCCAUGUGUAUGGAAGGAGGCUUUGUGGAAGUGAUACAUGAUAAAAAGCAAUACCACAUCUCUGAGAUCUGCCAGAGGUUUCUCUUGCCCUUCAAUGUUAAAGUGGCAGUGCGUGACCUUUCUAUUGGAGAGGACAUUUUAGCUACCAUGCUUGGGCUACAUCUGGAGGAGGAAAUCACUGAACCUUGCCUUCUCAUUACCCCUCUAAAAAACCUGUCUGAGUGCUGGGAAAUUCCAGUGAAUAGGAUCAAAAUGUCUCUCCAGCUGCUACAUAGACCAGAUAAAGGGACUGAUCCUCCUCCUGUGAAAACAGUGGUGGAAGAGAUCAGUGAAGACUGCUACUACACUCUGCGGAGGUAUGUGAAUGCCACACUGCAUCCUCCUCCACGUCCUCCAAAGAAACCCCUGCAGCCACCAUCCAAUCCAUUUAAGCUUGAUGCCUCCCAGCCAAAGAGACCUGAUGCUUCCAGCUCACCAAAGAGUCCACAUGUAAAUACCCUGAAGCCAUUUAAGCCAAUCAAAGUCAUCUCCCCAGAGCUGCAGAAUGCCAUGGCAGAAUGUGAGUUUGAAAAGAUAACAGCAACAGAAAGCAACUUGCAAAAAGCUAGCUCAGAACAAUUGACGAAAGAAGAAGGUGAUGAUGAUGAUGAUGAUGGACAUGACUAUGAAUACAUUGAGAAGGAUGAAGUUGAGGACAUGAGAAAAAAGUUCCAGGAAGAAUAUAUUGAGAACAAGACAAACUGCUAGGAAAAGACAGGUAACCAGUAUAAAUGUGUGAAAAGUUAUAAGUGAAGUGCUUUUUUUUUCAUAAUCAAUUUGAAAUACAAAAAAUAUUAUACAAUAUUUCACUUAUAAAACUUCUGUGAACGCCUACUGAUUAUCAAAUGUCAAUCUAUAAAGGUUGUUAGUUAUUAGUUAGUUUUGUUAUUGAAAUGUACUGUACCCUUUAAAAAUGUUUACUAUAGUAAAAGUGGAAUUGCACAUAAUGAAAGCAUGGAGAAGUAUUGGGAAGAAUCAUCAAUCAUAGACAUGGCAGGUAUGGCAAAGUAUAAUAAUGAACACGGUAAACUAUAGUAAAUACAUAGUAUAACAAUGGGAAAGCUGUAACAUGACUGCAAAUUUAUUGUAGUAAACUUUUGUAAGGGACAGUAUAUCAGAUUUGCCUCAACUAGCAUUCAGAUUAGUUCAGACAGAUAUUCAGAUUGUAGGCAACUUUGUGUAAUUUAGAAUUGUGUUUUUGUAUAUUCCUAAAUUGUUCAGGUAUUGUGACCUUAGUCAUAUUAUUCUUGUCAGCUCUAGACUGUUAUAGAUAUGUACCAAAUCUGAGGAAACUGAUCAUAAAAUAAAUUAUUGUUUGAUUAUCGUUUUAUUCUUGAAAUGUAUAUUUAUACUGUACACAGAUUACAUUAGAUAAAUAAUUAUUUAAAGCCAUCCAUCUGUCAAUAACUUCUUACUACAUUCAUUUUAACACACUCUACAGAAAUAGAUGCAGUUACAUUCAAUGUAUGAUUUCUUUUUGUUUGCUUUUUGUUAAAAUCUUAACUCCCUUAUGGAACAAACAUAUAUAUUUAAAAUAUGGUAGAAAAGUAUGAUCCUUAUAUUUUUCAUAUAUAGAAAUUAGCCCCUUUUUAUAUAUUUAAAAUAUAUUUUAGUUUGUAAUCCAUAUAUUUUACUUCUAAUAUAAUAGGCAUAAUCCACUCAACAAUAACAUUCUCACAACAUCUUGGCUAAUUCUGUGGUAAUUUAUUCAGGUAUCGUGUUAUUGCCUCAUAAACUCGCUAGAUGCAAUGGUCCCUAUCCCUAUUUUCCAGUGACUUGUCCUGGCUACUUUUUGCUUUUUCUUAGCUAACAAUGUACUUACUCUCAUGUUACUGCCUGUUACAUGCAACUUGCAGAGCCACAGUGUUAUCAGUCUAUCUGCAUUCUGAACUGGUUGUACUGGCCUGUAUACCUUCCAAUGUCAUUUACUCUGCCUGCCUGCUAAUAAAGCUGUGUUUUGGAGUCAGUGA